CGUUAAGAAAUGUUUAUAAAAACUGAUAAGUCCGUAUAAAACAUUUAUGCUAAUAACAAUUCUCAACAAAUGGUUAGUAAAUUUGGUGGUUAUUUGUGUAUUCCUGUUUCAACUAAUCCCAUGUAAAAAUGAAUUACGGCAGUUUGGAUAGUGGUAACACAAAAAAUGAAAAGUCGCAAUCCACAAAUGAAGAAACCGCCGAAGAAAAUACCAAAGGAUUGGGACUUAUUUCGGCGGCACUAUUUAUAGCAGGAGAGAUGGCAGGAAGUGGAAUUUUAGCACUUCCACAAGCAUUAGUGAAUACAGGGCCAGUGGGAGUAGUUCUUUUGCUACUUUUUUGUUUCAAUGCCGCUUAUGGGGGUAUCAGGCUGGGCAACUGCUGGCAGAUUGUUGAACAAAGAUAUCCCGAACACAGAAUACCUACACGGAAUCCAUAUUCUGUGAUUGCUCUCAGGGCAAUUGGAAAAUUUGGUAGCUCCAUCGUAUCCAUAUGUGUGAGAAUAACCCUUUUUGGCGCUGGAACCGUAUAUCUUCUAUUAUCUUCUCAAAUUAUUCAAGAGCUCCUGCUGGAUGUAUUUCCUGAAAUGACUGAAUGUGCUUACUUUCUGUUGAUCGCCUUAAGUAUUACACCUAUGAUAUGGUUGAGCUCUCCAAAAGAUUUCAGAUUUGUAGGUUUGGGGGCAAUUCUCACUACUGUUGGAGCUUGUCUGAUUUUCUUGUUUCAAAUAAUAGUGGACGCUAAAUCUGUCGAUAGAGUUCCCAGAAAAAUCCAUGGUUUCCACGAUUUUUUUAUUUCAUUCGGAACGAUAUUAUUCGCCUUUGGAGGAGCAUCAACGUUUCCCACAAUCCAGAACGACAUGAAGAAUAAAAAUAGUUUUUCGAAGAGUGUUACAAUGGCUUUCAUCGUAAUAAUGCUUCUCUACUUUCCCAUUUCUUAUGGAGGAUAUGCAGUUUACGGAGAGGGAGUCAAUACAAAUUUGGCAUUAUCUCUAACAAAAAGUAGAUUAAUUGAUAUUGGAAAUAUCCUCAUGGCUAUUCAUUUAAUUUUCGCCUUUUUGAUAGUCAUGAAUCCAGUAUUUCAGGAUGUGGAAGAAUCUUUUAAUAUGUCUAAAAAUUUCAGUUUGAAGAGAUGCUUUUGGAGAUCCAUGAUCAUGGCGAUGGUAAUUCUGGUGGGAGAAACAGUCCCUCAAUUUGGAAAAAUCCUCUCACUAAUUGGUGGAUCUACUAUAACACUGUUGACAUUCGUUUUUCCACCUUAUUUCUACAUGAAAUUAUCUGAUAUGGAAAGUCAAGAUUGGCCGAGAAGAAUUAUUCCAUUAUAUGAACGAGUCUACAUUUGGGAACUGAUUGCCAUUGGUGUUAUUGGAGGUGGCGCUUGUACGUUUAGUGCCGUCAAUGCCAUAUUUGGAUCAAACUCAUUAUCAAGGCCAUGCUACUGGAGGUGAUAGUUUAAUUUUAAAGAAUAGAUAAUUUAUAGUUGAGUUUUGAAAAGACUGUUUUUGUAAUUUUGAAAUCAAUGAGUAGGAUUCAAUAAAGAGACAAUGUAUCUUUUUU